UUUUGAUCCAAAAUUUCUCCAAUGUUAAAAGAUGGAAGUCAUCUUUCAUGGACGAAUCAGCCUUCAUUUCUAGAAAUUCUUCCCGAACUUCUUCUGGUAAUUGUGACACAUCGACAACAAAUGGAUUUCUUGUCAUGUGCCAUGUCUCGAUAGUAUCGGCGAAGUUCAUCUUUCAGCGCUUGCAAAUGAGGUUUUAUGUCAGCUUUUAAAUUUGAGUCCGGUAUGUUAUUUUUAAUUGCUUCAAACAGCC